AUGCGACCACACCGACACACCGACCACACCGACACAAAGCAGAACAACUGGCAGAGCAGCCAGUAAAGCUAGUUUGCACAUUUCCACAAUAUCACUUAGUGUCGUCAUCGUCGUCGUCAUCGCUCCCCAGUUCUGCUCAUUCACAAGGAGACACAGCAAAUAUUUAUAUUUCCUACCCUCUCCCUCACCUCCCGCAGAUAUGGACACGAUGCGCUCCCGUCCCUGCCCGUCGGUGAAGCGAAUGAGGAAGCCCCCACCGCUGGCUGGGGCAGCUGAAGGCGAGGCUGAAUUCGGUGUCGUUUUCGGUGUCGGUUUCCCCGGAAGUGUAAUGGUGUCUGACUCAUAAAACCAAUUCGAGCGAUCCAUCGCUAAUACACACAGCUGAGACAUGGGUAUUGUUACAGCCUUACUCGACUCGUUGCCGCCCGUCGGCCGGGGAUUUGGCGUCACAGGUCUGGGUGGUGCCGUCAGCGCAUCCAGCACCUACAAGAGACAGAGAUGACAGAUACACCUACAAGAGACAAGAGAAUAGUACCUCUUUCGCCGUCGGUCGUUUGCUUCGAUCUUUCUCAAAGCACCGCUGCAAGCCGCCACACACGCUCUCUUUCCCAGAAUAAGCUGUUGCUCUCUUUGUCAGACGCACCUGAAGGACCUGCCGCACGUGCGGAGGGAACAGCUUGCCCGUGGGCACCUCAGGCUGCCAAUGGAAUGGAAUGGAAUGAGACACGAAUAAAGUGACUAAUGUGCGGCUAGAAAAAGAGCCACAAAAGACCUUCACUCCCUGCUCGAGCAGUCUCUUGGCUUGCUCCGCAGCUUGCUGUGAAUUCAAUCCACUCAGCUCAGCAGCGAAUGGCCUCUUUCCUGCAGAGAGAGCAAGGCAAUGGGAGGAGGUCAGUAGGUAGGCUGCAUCUCACCGCCAAGAAUCUCCACCUCAACACACCCCAGAGCCCAAAUGUCGGUAGCAAAAUUCGGUCGGACGUCUGCAACAUACAAUGACAGCUACAGAGAGAGACGAUAGCAACAGUGGAAACUCACUUGGGUCGUAGGUCUCGAGCGGCAUGUAGCCGGGUGAGCCCGCACCUACGUGUGAUGGGUGAGUGUCUGUAUAAGUAUGUCUAUUCAUGUGGAAAAGCCCUCACCUAAGGUGCUUGCUAUACUGGUGCCCUGCACGAAUCUCGCGAGCCCGAAGUCGGUGAUCUUGAUGUUUCCUUUGGCGUCGACCUGAGUGAGGAGACAGCACAAUUGGAUGAGAGCUAUUCACAUUGUCAGGCCUGUGGCGUGGCUGACGAGUAUGUUGGCUGCUUUGAGGUCGCGAUGGACGAUUUGGUGUGCGUGGAGGGCAACAACACCCUCGCAAACCUACACACACAAAGGCACUUUGCCUAGCAAGCCUCAGACACAGCGAUAUACCUGCACGGCCAGUUUCUGGCGGAUGCUGUCGUCUAAACGCCCGUCUUUAGCCAGCCGUUCCAGAUAUUCGUCCACUUGGCCACCGAUGCAGUACUCUGAGAGACAGAAGGCUCACCAAAUCGGGUAAGACACAGGUGCUCGUAAUGUACCUAUGACAAUAAUCGCCUUCGUCCCACUCCCGGGCACAAUCCCGAAGAAUGUGAUCAAGCGAGGAUGCCGAACGCGCGAAAGGACGUGUAUCUCCUUCUUUGCGUCCUCGAUCGAUGCCUUGUCCUGAGCAGGCGACACAUUGUGCCCAUGUCAGGCUUCGCUCGAUCGGCGUGACGGUCCCCGAUAAUCGCUCACUAGUCUCUUAGCGGCUACAGCUCGGCCCUUCCACUUGGCCUUGAGCACAGUACCGAUUGCCCCCGAGCCUGUUCAGCCAGAGACAUAAAGGAAGCCAUCUGUCCAAGUACGCCAUCGACUGCUGCAUCCCAUACCGAGGACAUUGUCGAACCCAGCCUCGAAUUCCAGCUCAUGAGGCUUGAUCACAUCGAAAAUGGGGGGAGCCGUCAAAUCAACAUCCUGUUCACUCGUGUCAUGGCUGGGCUCGGGCAGAAGGCGCUGAUCCGCUGCCGGCCGUGGCUGCUGUGCACCGGUCGCCUGCAUCCUCAACUUGAUCUCGCCUGCCACGAUGGAAAACGCCUGACAGCACACACCAAGACAUACACAGUAUGGGUGGGGUGGACCGGUGUCAACGUUGUGUGUUCCAGAAACCGUUGUGAGCGUCCUUACCUGCUCAACGUUGUGUGACUUUUUCGCGGAUGUUUCGAGGAAUGAAAUGCCGAGCUGGUCGGCGAGCUCCUUUCCCUCGUCGUAAGACACCACCUUUUUGCUCGCCAAAUCACACUUGUUGCCGACCUGCACACAGGCGCACACACCCACACACACGUGGAACGGCACACAGAGAGUGUGUGUGUGUGUGGUGUAGGCAUCGUACCAGGAGCUUGUUGACGUUUUCUGUGGCGUAUUUGUCGUUUUCUGCGAUCCAGUUCUUGACGUUAAGGAAACUCUCCUUGUCCGUCACGUCGUACACUAUGAUGAUGCCUACACACACACACACACACACACACACACACAGAUGGCCAUCAUGCUGCACCCUUGCGUCCAUAUGGUUGAGAGAGCGUCCUCCCUCCGCUCACCAUGAGCGCCUCUGUAGUAGGAUGAGGUGAUGGUGCGGAAGCGCUCCUGCCCCGCGGUGUCCCAUAUCUGGAGCUUGACGGUCUUGCCGUCCAGCUCGAUUGUCCUGAUCUUGAAAUCCACUCCUAUGGUCGAUAUGCAACUGCACACAUCACACACAGCAGAAGCUGGAUGGGUGGAUGGAUGGAAGGUGGGCCAUGUGGCGGCACCUGUCGGUGUAGAUAUCGUCAGCGAAUCUCAGAAGGAGACAGGACUUGCCCACGCCGCUGUCUCCGAUCAGCAACACCUUGAACAGAUAGUCACUGCACACACACAACAUUCCAGCAUAGAGAGAGAGCAAUGGACCAGUCAGAGUGCAAGCAGCCGCGCCAAGCACAGCCCGGCACAGCCCAGCACACACAGCACGACAGCCUCUCUCUCUCUCCCCUCUAAGCAGACACGCAGCGGCCAUCUGCCACUGUGUUGCAGGCAGGCUCAUCUGCUUCUCUGUCCCUCUCCCGCGUGUGUGCAUGUGCCUACUAUUCAGGAUUCAUGACGACCAGCACACAGACGCCAACACGCGGCUCUUGGAAGACCGGCUGUUGGAAGACACUCACUCUCUCUGCUGCCGAGUGAGAUUCACGCAGCAGAUCUGACCAAAAGGGAGUGAGCCCCACUUCUUCC